CGACGCCGACGACUUGAGGCUCUGUGUAUUACUUCAAUAUCUCCUUCGCCGAUAUUGAACACGCGUUCUUGUAUUGUACAACGUCCUCAAGUAUCCACGACCAGCCCCUAUCACCGUUCACGCUUUGUGCAUCCACCUUGACGCUACGCUACUUCACUUCAUUGCGCAGCUCUUUCGCUCGGAAAAGCUUUUAGAACUGGGGUCGUUAUAGUAUCACUCAGGACAGCAUGGCUGUCCCACGCCUUUCGCAAGGAGCAGAGUCUGCGCGUAUAGCCGCAGCACAAGCAGAGUUCAACGAGAAGAAAUGGGUGUGGGUUCCCGAUGAUAAGGAAGGCUAUUUGGCGGGAUGGGUUAUCCGAGAGGAAGAUGACUCUGGUGAGGUGGUCAUGGCCGCCGGUGGAGAGAUGCGACGUCUGCCAUUGUACGCGUUGUCCAAAAUGAACCCGCCAAAGUUCGACAGGGUGGACGAUAUUGCAGAUUUGACAUUCCUCAAUGAAGCUAGCGUAGUGCACAAUCUACGUCUUCGUUAUGGCUCCGGAGCUAUUUAUACAUAUUCUUCCCUCUUCCUUGUUGCCAUUAACCCGUACCAGAACCUUCCCCUCUAUUCCGAUGCCAUCGUUCAGCAGUAUCGAGGGAAACGACGAGACGAGAACCCACCCCAUAUAUUCGCUGUCGCCGAGCGUGCGUGGGUCAGUAUGGGCGAGGAACGCGAGAACCAGAGCAUCUUAAUCACUGGAGAAUCUGGUGCUGGAAAGACGGAAAACACGAAAAAGGUUAUUCAGUACCUUGCUGCAAUUGCGUCUGACGUGCAUUCGUCACAUACACGAUCACCGUCGCUUGCAUCCGCCUCAAGCUCGUUCAAUUCGGGUCUCCCGCGCUCGCAGAGCAUGAAUCGCAAGAGCAUUAGCAGUGCUUCACAACUAUCGCUCACCGCAAAGGGUCGCCUCGGCCUGCUUGAGCGCCAGAUCCUUCAGGCAAACCCUAUCCUCGAAGCGUUUGGUAACGCUCAAACUCAGAGGAAUAACAAUUCCAGUCGUUUUGGCAAGUUCAUUCGUAUUAGCUUUGCACCUGACGGGAGCAUAGCUGGCGCGAACGUUGAUUGGUAUUUACUGGAAAAGAGUCGAGUCGUUGUGAGGAGUGAAGCGGAAAGGAGUUUCCAUGUAUUCUACCAGCUCAUGGAAGCUGACCUUCAGCUCAAAGAGCAACUUCUCUUGGAUGGCGGAGUUGAAGACUAUGAAUUUCUGAACAAGAGUCGACGGGAAGUCGACGGCGUAGAUGAUAGGGAGGAAUGGAAGCAACUCAAGAAUGCACUGGAAGUUGUCGGAUUUUCUGCAGCAGAACAAUUCAACUUGUUCCGUAUAGUUGCGGCAAUCCUACACAUCGGAAACAUCACUAUCACGUCUACGCGUGCUGACGAUGCGCUAAUGCCUGACUCUGCACAGGCAGAACGUGUCUGCCACCUCUUAGGUAUUCCUGUUGGCGAGUUUACGAAAGCCGUAUUACGCCCUCGCGUCCUCGCGGGUCGAGAAUGGGUCACACAAGCUCGCACGCGACAGCAUGCUCUGGAUGAGCUGUCUGCACUAUGCAAGACACUCUACGAGAAGAGCUUUGGUGCACUCGUCGACCGAAUUAAUCGCGCGCUCGACAGACCAUCAUCUAAGUCGACAUUCAUUGGUGUACUUGACAUUGCAGGAUUCGAGAUUUUCGACGUGAAUGCGUAUGAGCAACUGCUCAUCAACUACACAAACGAGAAGCUGCAACAAUUCUUUAAUCACCAUAUGUUCGAGCUCGAGCAGGAAGAAUACGCGCGCGAGAGUAUUGAGUGGGAAUACCACGACUUUGGUCUUGAUUCGCAGCCGACCAUUGAACUAAUCGAGGCCAGUGGUAACACUAUCGGUAUAUUGAGCUGUUUGGACGAGGAAUGCAUUAUGCCAAAGGCGACUGAUGCGACAUUCACGCAUAAACUUCAUCAGCUCUGGACUGGUGAAGUGCAGGAUGGAGAGAAAUCUCACCCUGGCCGAGACAAAUACACUCCAGCACGUUUCGAGCAGGGAUUCAUUGUCAAGCACUAUGCAGGUAACGUCGAAUAUCGUACCGAAGGCUGGCUAGAAAAGAACAAGGAUCCCCUGAAUGACAACUUGUCUCGUCUUCUUGCCGUAUCGGACGAGCCGUACGUUGCUGGUCUUUUCUCGGACUACGCUGACGGAUUACCUGCGAAUGGUUCUGUGGUAAGCGGUUUGGUUGGCACUGUCGGGAAGAAACGCACCGUAAGAAAGGGUGCCUUCCGUACCGUGGGCCAACGUCAUAAAGAACAACUUGCGAGCUUGAUGAACCAGCUGAAGGGAACGCAGCCACACUUCGUGCGGUGUAUUGUGCCCAACGGAAUGAAGAAAGCGGGCCGGAUGGAUGUGCCCCUCGUGCUCGACCAAUUGCGAUGCAACGGUGUACUUGAAGGUAUCCGUAUAGCACGUCUCGGAUAUCCAAAUCGUCUACCUUUCGUUGAGUUCCGGCAACGUUACGAAGUGCUGACUCCCGGCAUUAUUCCUCGGGGCUAUAUGGAUGGGCGAAAGGCGUGCUUACGCAUGGUCGAUGCUCUCGAGCUCGACAAAUCAACGUAUCGUAUUGGGACAUCCAAACUUUUCUUUAAGGCGGGAAUACUAGCAGACCUAGAAGAGCGACGAGAUGCCUUGUUGUUUGACAUCUUCUCGAGGUUGCAGGGGGCCGCGCGCAUGUGGACUGCGCGGCGGCAGAUGAAGAAGAUACUGAAUCGUGCGAUUGCCGUUCGGACGAUUCAGCGAAACGCUCGUAUCUAUGGCGAACUCAGAGAAUGGCCAUGGUGGCAGCUAUAUACCAAGGUCCGGCCGUUACUCGCAGCAACACGAAACGACGAAGAACUGAGAAGGAAAGAGGCAGAGUUAGCUCUUUUUAAAGAAAGAGCUGAGCGUGAUCUCCGCGAGAAGGAAGCCCUAGAAGGUCUCAAGAUGCGGCUGGAGGCCGAUAAACGGAAAGUUGAGGAUGAUCUAGAGGCUGAGCGAUCAGUAGGGCUUGAGAAGGAUGUACAGCUCAAGCGAAGUGCAGAUCGUAUUUCGGAACUCGAAGAAGACGUCUCAGCCCUUCAGACAGACCUAGACACACUCGAUUCGCAACUGGAUAGAGUAAUGGCUAACCACAAGGCUACUGAGGAGAAAUAUGAGGCCCUUCGGGAGGCGUUUGACGAGGCCGCCAACCACCUCGUGCGCUUCGAGCAGGAUCAGAAGGAAUGGAAGAUAAGGGAGGAAGAGCUUUCACAAAGCUUGGCAAUCGCCGAAGAAAAGUUGGAGGUUUUACAAGCCGAGAGGGACGAGCUACGUAGAGCAUCUGACGAUGCUAAACGCCAGUUGACUGAGCGAGAGGAGGACAUACUGCGAGCAAAAGAGCGCCUGGAAGCGACGGUUACUGAACUGGAGGCCAAACUUGCUUCCGAGAUCCGGGCUCGCGAACUUGCUAAAGCGCGAUCAGACACUCUCGAACAUGAAGUUCGGCAAGCCCAGGAACAGCUUGCAGAGAUGGCCCGUACGGCAAAUCAGUACGACACUUUGAUUACAAAGAAAGAGGCCGAGAUUGCACGUCUUACUGCUGAUUUGGAACAUCUAUCUGAUGAAAAGGAUGAAGCUCUCAAGGAGAUCACCCAACUUCAGGGACAAGCCGAGACAGCGAAGUCUCAGCUUGACGCUCAGAAGGGCGAAAAUGUCCGGAGUACAGAGAUGCGCGCUCGCUUGCAGAAGGAAUUGGAUGAGCUCCGUGCUUUGAUGCAAGCAAAGAGCUCGGAGGAGACCCGUCGCAAGGAAGUUGAGAAGAGCAAGGAGAAGGAACUCUUGGACUUGCGUACUCAGCAGUCGCGCUUACAACAAGAGCUCUCAGAAUCGAAGAAGAUUUACAUUGAGGACCAGAACCGCCUCAAAGCUGAUUUGGAAACCGCCCUGCGGGAGAAUGCUUCCCUUCAACAGCAGUAUCAGCAGCUAGUAGACAGUGAGCGCGCAAUCCAGACGCGACAGAAGGAGCUUGAUACUGCUUUAUCCGACGCGGAUCGCGCGAAGCGCACGUUGGAAUCGGAACUGCAAAUUGCGAAGACCCGUCAGACGGAUGUGGAAGGUCAAUACGCUGACGCAAUUAAGGCAAAAGAGAUGUUAGAGCGACAGAUGGCCAGCGCUCAGGCAAAGGUUGAGGAUUAUGAGGAAGCUGUGAUUCAGCUCGAACGGGAGAAGAGUAAUUGGGUGCGACAAAUGGACCAGACCCGUCAACAGCUUGAUGACGAAAAGGCCAAACGGCAACAACUGGAUAAACAUGCCUCGACACAAAAGGCCGAAAUCCUCAGAUUGAAGGAUAUUAACAUCAAGCUUGACCGUGAGCUGAACAAAACUCUUGAUAAUCUCAAGGCUCGAGAGUGGGAGGUCAAGCAACUCGAGUCACGACAGGACAAAACAAUCGUUGAGCAUGUGCAUGUACUUGAAGAGGCGAAACGGGUCACCGACCGACAGCUGGCUGAGGCACAGGCUGAACUCCAGAAGAAUGUCUCCUACAUCCGUUCGCUGGAGAAAUCGAAAGCUCGGCUUGCGAGCGAAGCAGAAGAUCUUACCCGCGCUGCUGAACAGGAAAGUCGUGCACGGGCGAAGGACGCUCGCACAAGUGAGGAGAAAGCUAGCCGUGCGGCUGCCGAGGCGCUUGACGCAAAACGAGCUAAGGAAGCAGCUGAAAUACGGGCUCGUAGAAGCGAGAAUGAACUUCAAACCGCGAAAGACCAAAUAGCUUUCCUCGAGCAACAGCUGGUGACGGUGCAAAAGUCCAAGAGCACGUUAGAAUCGGAACUCUCCACGCUGGCCGACGAGACCACGACACCAAACUCGUUGGCCAAAGUUCGUCGUGAAUAUGAGUCUAGAAUCUCGCAACUGCAGAACGACCUUGAACAAGCGGAGGCUGCACAGUCCACCGCGAAUCGCAUCAAGGACCUCGUGGAACGUCAUCAUGCAGAGAUCCGCAAGCUUAUCCUUCAAGGCGCUCCCCAUGAUGACGGGUUUCGCUCUCGUCUUCUGCAGGAGCUUCAACAGACAGAGAAGGGACUAUCCAUGGAGUUUAGCAAUCGUUCUCUGCAGUUCCGUGAUCCAGGCAGUUCAGGUGUGCGGUCAGUCACCAGCACGCCCACGAAAUCAACGAAUAAGCCUCUUAAUGGUAUAAUCCGUGGUAUGAAGGAAGUACCUGAAGCUCCAAGGACGCCGGACCACCACCAAGUCGAUCGCUUGAAGCAGCAAGUACAAGUGUUAGAGCUCCAGAUGGCUGCAAGUGACAGGGUUCGACGACACCUUGAGGCUUCUCUCAGGGACUUGACUGCUGAGCUUGAAUCGCUCGACGGGUCUAAGCAAUCUCUCCAGUCAUACAAGGCACGUAUGGCAAAGGAGAAUGCAAGACUUGGAGAGCUACUGAAUGACGAGGCUCAAGCACGCCGCACGAGUGAAGCAAGCCAUCUGGAUGGUCUGCAAAGCAUGUGGGACAAGUUCCAGAGCACCAUUUCCGAGGAACGCGAGAGCUAUAAUCGGCUGGAAGAGUCUCGCCGUGCUUUGAUUGUUCAACAAAGGAACGCUCAGACGGAACUAGAAGCACAGCGCCGUCAGAAUCAAGAGCUCACUCAGAUGAAGAUGAAGCUGCAGUCUGAACUUACCAAUCUUCAGGAUAAAGUUGAACGCGAGAAGUUAGCGAGGAGUGAAGAAUCUAAUACGAAACGCAAGUUACAGGGCGAAUUGCAAGAUGCGAAGGUAUCUUCAGCCGCGGCAUCCAUGAAGCACUCCGAAUUGGCCGAAGCUGUCAAAGCUUAUCGUGCGAAGGCUGAAAGCUAUCUAACGCGACUGGAGCAAAAUGAAAUAGAGCGGGCCAAGGCCGCGAAUGGCGAGGCUUUUGCUCGUAAAGCACUUGAGGAUUUAGAGAAAGCUCAUGCGCAAGCUCUCAAAGAACGCAAGGCAGCUGAAGAGCGUGCCAGCAAGGCAGAGCAGAACCUUCGUGAUCUGUCCGCCGAGCUUGAACACGGCGAUCGUCAGUCUUCAGAUCUUGAGUUGGGUCGACAACGUCUUGAGGAGGAGCUUCAAGAGGAGCGCGACCGUCAUGCGGCUGAUCUUUCUGAACGUGAUUUCGCAAUGAGUCAAACACAGAUAACAUAUCAAACCAAACUCGCGGAGCUCAGUGAUGAACUACAAUCUCAGCGUGAAAGUAUGAGUCGGCUACGUGAGGAGAAUCGCAAGCUGCGCAGUGACUACGACGAAUUGCAACUACAAUAUGACGACGAGGUGUACAGCGGCGGAGCGUGGAAGAAUGAAAAAGAGAGGUUGGAGACGAAGAUAACCGACCUAACGAAUGCCUACGAGUCAUCUACUGCAGCCCGGACUGAGCAGCAGUCGCAGAUUGUAGCAUUGCAUUCGCAGGUCCGCGAACUUCGGGGCGUACUUGAAGAUGCAGAAGCCGAGCGCGUUAUGCUCCAGAAAGCACGGCGCGCACUCCAGGCUCAGCUUGACGGAAUAAAGUUGGAUCACAUCGACCCGGAUAAAAUGUCGGCUGAAUCUAAGCUCCAGGAUCUUCAGCUGAAGAAACAGGAUUUGGAACGUGCGCUGGAGGAGCAUCAAGACCGCGUGAUGAUGGCUGAGGAACGUAUGAAGAAGGCGGAAGUUCACGCUCAGGACUGCCAAAUUGAGCUUGGUGAAAUUCGGGUCGAAAACUCUGAGCUUGACCGCAAGAACGCAAAUUUAGAGAAACAGGUAAAAGAACUUAAUGUUCGCAUCGUGGACUUGGAGACAAAGGCCUACGCGAGCGCAUCACGGUUGAAAGGCGAAGUGCUUAGACAGAACCGGACUGGAGAUAGGCCCGUGUCUCGCACGGGAGGGACGCCAGCAGAGAGCGACAGAAUGCGUUCUCGUCUCGAGGAAGAAGUGAAGUCGUAUGAGGCAAAGAUUGCUGCCAUGCGUGAGGACAUGGCUGCCCUUUCAAGUAAAGAAGGGAACCUACAAAUAGCGAAACGCAAGGCUGAAAGGGAGGCUAGCGAAUAUAAACAGCUGGUUCUAAGCUUGGAGCGGGAGGUAGAACGAUUGAGGAGCCGUCUGGAAUGGCCCUCUUCCGCAUUGCAAUCGCCUGCAGGCUCCCCCCGAAAGUACGGAUCAUGAAGGCAUUUUUGAUUUGCCUCGUCGAUUUGGAAUACCAUCAUUCACGACUCUUAUGAUUUCAUACCCUUCCUUAUUUGUUUGUCCUCUGACAUUACCCUCUGUAACAUCCCUGCACUGUGUCCAUCUAUCACCUCAACGUGUACAUGUAGCUUUAUUUGUUUAUUUUAUUCUUUUCUCACGUUUCUGAAAGAACGAAAU